UAUCAGCAAGUUUAGUUGGUAUAUUGGUGUCGGGUUGCUGGCUAACAUCGUGCAUAGAUAGAACUGGUAGGAACAUUAACUGGCCGUCCAAAGCUUUGAUUUGACAUUACAGUACCCUAUUGCCAAUUUUUUAUAUAUCAUGCGCAUGAACUGCAUACAAUUUGUCUAAUUUAAAUAUUGACGUGUCCACUGUGUCUGGGAUUCGGAGAGCCAAAAGGAAAUAUAGUUAAAGCUAAUGAAACAAACAGGACCAUAUUUUUAUAUUAAGCCAAAGGAAAUUUUAUUGACAAAGAACUCUACAUAUCAAUAACCACUGAUAGUAGACUGCCUCAUAACUUGCAUUUGAUCACAAUUUCACAUCAAUGGCUGCCUCGUUUGUUUCUCUUUCUCUCCGUGCUCAGAUUCUUUAUGUUGUACUCAUGUUUUUCAGUUUUAUUGCAGCUCAAUCACAACAAACCAAUGGAACAAACUUUUCAUGCCCUUCCGAUUCACCUCCUUCUUGUGAAACCUAUGUGACAUACAUAGCCCAGUCUCCAAAUUUUUUGAGUGUGACAAGCGUAUCUAAUAUAUUUGACACGAGUCCUUUGUCAAUUGCAAGAGCCAGCAACUUAAAGAAUGAGGAAGACAAGUUGAUUCCAGGCCAAGCCUUACUGGUACCAGUAACCUGUGGUUGCACGAGAAACCGCUCUUUCGCCAAUAUCUCCUAUGAGAUCAACCCAGGUGAUAGCUUCUACUUUGUUUCAACCACUUCAUACCAGAAUCUCACAAAUUGGCAUGUAGUGAUGGAUUUAAACCCCGGUCUAAGUCCAUUUACUUUGCCAAUAGGCAUUAAAGUUGUAAUGCCUUUAUUCUGCAAGUGUCCUUCAAAGAACCAGCUUGACAGAGGGAUAAAGUACCUGAUCACUCACGUGUGGCAGCCCAGUGACAAUGUUUCCCUUGUAAGCAACAAGUUUGGUGCAUCACCAGAGGACAUAUUAAGUGAAAACAACUAUGGCCAAAACUUCACUGCCGCAAACAACCUUCCAGUUUUGAUCCCAGUUACACGCUUGCCAGAUCUUAUUCAAUCUCCUUCAGAUGGAAGAAAACACAGAAUUGGUCUUCCAGUUAUAAUUGGUAUCAGCCUGGGAUGCACACUACUGGUUGUGGUUUCAGCAAUAUUACUGGUGUAUGUAUGUUCUCUGAAAAUGAAGAGUUUGAAUAGGAGUGCCUCAUCAGCUGAAACUGCAGAUAAACUACUUUCUGGAGUUUCAGGCUACGUAAGUAAGCCUACCAUGUAUGAAACUGGUGCAAUCUUGGAGGCUACCAUGAACCUCAGUGAGCAGUGCAAGAUUGGGGAAUCAGUGUACAAGGCUAACAUAGAGGGUAAGGUUUUAGCAAUAAAAAGAUUCAAGGAAGAUGUCACGGAGGAGCUGAAAAUUCUGCAGAAGGUGAAUCAUGGAAAUCUGGUGAAACUAAUGGGUGUCUCAUCAGACAAUGAGGGAAAUUGUUUUGUGGUUUAUGAAUAUGAAGAAAAUGGAUCUCUUGAUGACUGGCUUUUCGCCAAGUCUUGUUCAGAGACUUCAAACUCAAGGACCUCGCUUACAUGGUGCCAGAGGAUAAGCAUAGCAGUGGAUGUUGCAAUGGGUCUGCAGUACAUGCAUGAACAUGCUUAUCCAAGAAUAGUCCACAGGGACAUCACAAGCAGUAAUAUCCUUCUUGACUCUAACUUCAAGGCCAAGAUAGCAAAUUUUUCCAUGGCCAGAACUUUUACCAACCCCAUGAUUUCAAAAAUAGAUGUAUUUGCUUUUGGGGUGGUUCUGAUAGAAUUGCUUACUGGCAAGAAAGCCAUGACAACCAAAGAAAAUGGUGAGGUGAUUAUGCUGUGGAAGGACAUUUGGAAGAUCUUUGAUGAAGAAGAGAAUAAAGAGGAAAGGCUCAGAAAAUGGAUGGAUCCUAAGUUAGAUAAUUAUUAUCCUAUUGAUUAUGCUCUCAGCUUGGCCUCCUUGGCAGUGAAUUGUACUGCAGACAAGUCUUUGUCCAGACCAACCAUAGCAGAAAUUGUACUCAGUCUCUCCCUUCUAACUCAACCAUCUCCCUCGACACUGGAGAGAUCCUUGACUUCUUCUGGAUUAGAUGUAGAAGCUACUCAAAUUGUCACUUCCAUCGCAGCUCGUUGAUUGAGUAAAGCCAAUCCAGUUUCUCAAAUCCAAGAUGGUAUUUUUUUUACAUAAUGAUUUCACCUUAGUCAAUACUGAUGAACUUGGUUUACGGGGAGUGUUCAACAUUUAGUUUUUCCGUCCCUAUUCUUCUUUAAAGUUUGAGGUAGAGUUGGCAAAACGAAUAGCAAGUGCGGCUCACCUCAGACUAAAUUUGCUAAUUUCUCUGUACUUUGUACUUUUUAUGACAAUUGAAAUUGAAUCAAACAAUGGAGUUGUUUAUUGCAUGUACAAACAAA